AUGCCUAGAGCUGGAAUCAUUACUCUAUCAGUAAUUAUUGUAGCAGUAAUUAUUGUAGCAGUAGUAGCAGUAGCAGUAUAUAUUAUAUAUAAAUAUAUACCAGUUUGCCAUAAAAGAAACAAGAAUGGAUAUAAGCCACCUUCCACAAAUGAAGGGACAUCAGAAGAAACUCCAAUAGAUGAAAAAAUAGACUGGACAACAGCUAACAAUAUAGCAGCAUUGGUUGUCAAGGAAAUAGUUCCUGGUGUGAGCGUUACUAAGUGUAACAACAUGGCUACUGAAUAUAGUGUAAUGUGCACAAUUGUAAUAGAAAACUGGACAAAAUAUAUACUUCUAGAUCCUGUUUCAUACAUCAAAGACGGCCACGGACAGAUAUCGAUCCCACCAGCAGUGGUUGGGCCUGGAACAAAAGAAAUGUUCAUUACACACUACAAGAAAUGGACUGCAACGGGAACAAAUGGAACUGUUUCAUGGCUGAUUUCGUCUCCUGACCAAAGAUCUACUAGAGCUGUCGUCAUGUGGAGUUGCCCUUGGAAUUUUAAUCAUUAUGUAAAUCAUCUGGCUGUUGGCUUGACUGAGAAAGGUACUACAAAACACAAAGAAAAUUGGUUCGAUCAAAUGUACACGGAGGAAAGCGGUUCGAAUUUGCAUUUUGUUAGGGGAAAAUAUUACAAUGAUACAAAAACUAUUUCCCACAAAAAUGACAACUUCGAAAUCACUGGUACCAUGGGAACAACUCACGUGACUGAGGCACAUAUCAUAGUACGUCCACUUUCGAAAAAUGGACUUGCAGAAAAUUUGAAGAAAUGUGUAGGAAAAAAAAGCCAAGAUGUUGCUGAUUGACACUAAAUCUAUUUUGCGCUGGGUCUUUUUAUGUUGCAAGAAAAGUGUGAAUCUAAAAGCUACAUGUCUGCCUUUUUUCAUAAACAUUUUAUACUUUAUUCGAUGAACUGUUAUUAGAACAUGUAGAAGUACUAACACUCACAGAAAUUAUUUUAUUUUUAUGCAUAUUAAAAUUUCUCUACUAUCUUUUUUUGGAAUUUUGGAUCGUCAAUGCUUUUCAUCUUUGUACUUGUUUGGCUAUUUAUUUAAUUUGAUCUGAUGAGUCUUAUAAAGACGAAACGUGCGUCUGGCGUAUCAAAUUAUAAUCUUGGUAGCAUUGAUAACUAUUUACACCACUGGGUCGAUGCCACUGCUGGUGGACGUUUCGUCCUCGAGGGUAUCACAAGCCAAGUAGUCCGCACUUUGGUGUUGACAUGAAUACCAAUUAUAUGGUCAUAUUUAUAAAUUUCCUGUAAACAAAGCUUUGAAUUUUCGAAAAACUAAGGAUUUUCUUAUCCCAGGAAUAGAUAACCUCAGCCGUAUUUGGCAUAACUUUUUUGGAAUUUUGGAUCCUCAAUGCUCUUCAACUUUGUACUUUUUUGGCUUUAUAAUUAUUUUUAUCUGAGCUUCACUGAUGAGUCUUAUAAAGACGAAACGCAGGUCUGACGUAUUAAAUUAUAAUCCUGGUACCUUUGACUAUUUUGUCAGUUUAUUAUCGAUAUAUGAGUUUGACUGUCCCUCCGAUAUCUUUCGUUCCUCUUUUUUUUAUUUCUCAAACUUAACCGAAUCUUAGUUGUUAGAAUGAUGAAUCAUAUGUUUUGAAAUAUUUUACUU